CAUUUUAAUUCGCGUUUAAUUGGAAUUAGUUGGAAACCCUGGACCACUCUUCCAUCCCUUUGCAACAGCCCCUAUUUUCGGAACAUUUUACAGGCGCAUCUAUUCCUCUCUUCUCUUUCUCUCUCUCUCUUCAAACUCUCUGUUUCUCUUUGGAAGGAACAGAACUCGUCUGUAAAAGCCCUGGAAAAACUAUCACUUGGGAGUUACUUGGGGAUUCGUGUCAUCAAGACUCUGCAGUAUUUUUUUAUUAUUUAAGUAUUUAUUUUGAAAUAUUCAUGGGGAUUAGAGAAGGGAAGGAGAAGGUGAUGAGAGAGAGAGACAUUCAUGUAUGCAUGUAUGCACGCAUAAAAGCAACGCAUGCGGCGGCUGUUAGUUUGUAACAGGCAAAAGACAUCUAUUCCUUCUCUGGCGUUGCUGUUUUUCUCUUCUUUCGUCUCUCAUCGUCAUUAGAAGAAAAAACCAAAAAAGAAAAGAAAAGCGGAAAAUUAAAAAAGAGGGAGAAGAAGAAGAAGAAAGGGUAAGGUGGUUAUUUUAAUAUUAUGAUAUUGGAGAGUAUUUUGGAUCUUUUGGGUUCUUGAUUCGGAUCAUGUCAUGGUCAUCAUAUCAUGAUGAUGAUGAUGAUGAUGAGACCAUCUGAUGUAUUGCAGACUGGCCUAGAUAUCCGAUCUUCCUAGGUUUUGUUUUGAUGGCAUGUGAUGCUGGGUGCUUUUAAGAGAGCGCAGUGCGCACCAUCUCCCUUCCCCCAUCCGGCGUCAGUUAAGAUCUCUGCUCUUCUAUAAUAGAUCAAACACCAUAUUCGCCAACAAGAUCAGCAUCCAAAGAAGUUUUAUCUUCUUUCUUUUCUAUGGCAAAUGAACCUCGGGAGGAGAAGCUAAGGACCCAAAUCGCUUCCGGGUUUUACUACACGGAUUUCUCCUCAUCUUCCAGCAAUCCGACGAUCCACCACCAGCUUGAUACCCAUAUGCAAAGCUUCGAACCAAAUCCGGAGCUCUUCAAUCUUCAAUCCGGCAUGGAAAUGUUGGGCUCUCAGUGGAAGAAUCCAUCGCAGCAGCGAGACCGCAACUCCACAACAGCAUGGAAAGGGUUCCUUUCCAAAUCCACCCACAACCAAGGAUCGUCGUCUUCUUCCAAAACCAUGGCCGAACCAUCGUCAUCUAAUAGCUUCUACCAGCCCGAUUUCACCAUCGGAUUCUCUGAGGCCCCACCCAAUGAGAAUCUGAUCAUCGCACCUGAUUCGGCAUGGCAGGAGAAUCGGUACCCCGUCGAUGAUUCUUCCUUACGCUGCGUCUUUCCCUGCGAAGGGAAUGAGCGGCCGAGCCAGGGCCUGUCACUCUCUCUAUGCCCCAACAAGCCGUCCAACAUCAGCUUACAAUCAUUCGAGCUCCGAGAAACCAAUCACCAGAAUGACAUCCGGUUCGUUUCAUCGAAUUCUAGAGAUGGGUUUUUUGGAAAAUCUACAGAUCUUCGUCAGCAGCUGCAAAAUCUACAAGAUGGGCGGUCUUAUCCGUCGUUGAUGGGAUCAGAUCAGCAACUCCACCAAUUGAAAAACUCCAAGUACUUGCUUCCAGCUCAGGAACUCUUGAACGAGUUCUGCAACAUCGGAUCGAAGCAAAGCAUCAACACUAUUGGAUUGAAGAACAAAAGCAACAAGACAAAUCAGUGGGAAGAAGGAGCAUCGACUCUUAAGAACCAAUCUCUCUAUUCAUUUGAUGUUCUUGAAUUGCAGAAGAGAAAAGCAAAGCUAGUUUCCAUGCUAGAUGAGGUGGACAGGAGAUACAGGCAGUAUUGUGAGCAGAUGAGGAGUGUGGUGUCAUCAUUUGAAGGGGUGGCUGGCGUGGGAUCAGCAAUGGUGUAUUCGAGCUUGGCUUUGAAGGCCAUGUCAAGGCAUUUCAGGUGUCUGAGGGAUGGGAUUGUGGGUCAGAUUCAGGCGACGAAGAAGGCAAUGGGGGAGAAAGAUCCUGUUGCACCAGGAACAACUCGAGGGGAGACGCCCAGGCUCAAGCUUCUUGAUCAGACCCUUCGGCAGCAGCGGGCCAUACAGCAGAUGGGCGUCAUGGAGAGCCAUCCAUGGAGGCCUCAGAGGGGUCUUCCCGAGCGAUCUGUGUCCGUUCUUCGAGCUUGGCUCUUUGAGCAUUUCCUUCAUCCGUACCCGAGCGACGUGGAUAAACACAUCUUGGCCCGCCAAACGGGCCUCUCCAGGAGCCAGGUUUCCAACUGGUUUAUAAAUGCAAGGGUAAGGCUGUGGAAGCCAAUGGUAGAGGAGAUGUAUUUGGAAGAAGCAAAGGAGCAGGACGAUGACAACAGCAGCAGCAAAAACAAAAACAACAACGACCACAACAACAUGCCCUCAGAUGGCAGCAUUUCACAGCUCCAAGACAACACCCGCCUGAGCCAUAACCCUAACCCUAACCCUACCAACAUGGACCAGAAGCCUUCACCCGACCAUCUCCUCCGUGACUCUGAAUCGCUGUCCUCCAUCAUCAAUGGCUCCGAUAAAAGAGACCCAAGUGACCUGAAAGAGAAACACCCCCACCACCAGUUCUCCAGAGCUGAUAACUUCGGCGUAGUCGAUUUAGACUUCUCGUCGUACAGCCAUGCUGCGGCAAGCACUGUCACCUAUGCCAACAGCGACUGCACCCACCCCAACUUCGGCAGCAGUGGCGGUGUGUCACUGACGUUGGGUCUCCAGCAGCACAGUGGAGGUGGUGUCAGCCUCUCGUUCUCACCGUCCGCAUCACAGCACUCCCUCUUCUUCUCUAGACAGCAAAUGGAAGACUGCCAGCCUAUUCCUUACUCGAUCUUAGAUGGUGAGGCGCAGAAUCUGCCCUAUCGGAACCUGAUGGGAGCGCAAUUGCUGCAUGACCUAGCAGGGUAAAUAGCAAGAUGGCCAAUUUUCUUUUGGUGUGUGAUGUUGAGGUCUGCCGGAGUUCUUCGCAGAAGAUAGUGAUGGUAGAAGAUGUGUGGGUAUACAUACACAUACAUUUAUACAGCGAUAUAUAGGUAUACUGGUGUUGUGUACAUUACUUCCCACGGCAUAUAUAAACUUUUGAAAGGUUUAAAAGAAUGUUAGUUAUAUAUGGUUGAAUCUGGGGAUCAUUGCUAGUAUUUUUGCAUUUUAUGAAAGAUAGAAGAUUAUUGCU